AAUAUGUAUCAAAACUCAUGAUGAGAACGAAUUUGUGUCUAUAAAUAUACUACAACUAGUAUCACUCCUCUUAUAGCUACCUCGCAUUUUAUGGACUUGAAUUUCUUUUUUAUAAUUAAUUAUUGAACAUGGAAGGUGGGGUACCAGAAGCAGAUGUUUCUGCUUUUAGAGAAUGUAUUUCUCUUUCAUGGAAAAAUCCUUAUGUUCUUCGCCUUGCUUUCUCUGCUGGAAUCGGUGGUUUUCUCUUUGGAUAUGACACUGGAGUCAUAUCAGGGGCUCUUUUGUACAUAAGAGAUGAUUUCGAGGCUGUGGAUAGACAAACUUGGCUACAGGAAGCCAUAGUGAGUACAGCACUUGCUGGAGCAAUCAUAGGUGCAUCAAUUGGAGGGUGGAUUAAUGACCGAUUUGGAAGGAAAAAAUCAAUACUUAUUGCAGAUACACUAUUUUUGAUUGGAUCAGUUGUUAUGGCUUCUGCAAUCAAUCCAUCUAUUCUGAUUGUUGGUAGAGUUUUUGUUGGUCUUGGUGUUGGAAUGGCUUCAAUGGCUUCUCCUUUAUACAUCUCUGAAGCAUCUCCAACUAGAGUUCGUGGUGCUCUUGUUAGUCUCAAUGGAUUUCUUAUCACUGGUGGACAAUUUCUUUCCUAUCUUAUCAAUUUGGCAUUCACAAAUUUACCAGGUACAUGGAGAUGGAUGUUAGGUGUUGCAGCACUACCAGCUCUCACACAAAUUCUAUUGAUGCUCAUGCUCCCAGAAUCACCUCGUUGGUUAUUCAGAAAGGGAAAAGAAGAAGAAGCUAAAGAAAUUUUAAGAAAAAUAUACCCUCCACAAGAAGUUGAAGAUGAAAUUAUUGCGUUAAAAGAAUUAGUUGAAAUAGAAAGAAAGGAUAAUUCAAGUUCAGAUAAGGUGAACAUACUCAAACUUUUGAAAACAAAAACAGUAAGAAGAGGUUUAUAUGCAGGAAUGGGACUACAAAUAUUCCAACAAUUUGUUGGCAUCAACACUGUAAUGUACUACAGUCCAACCAUAGUUCAACUAGCUGGUUUUGCAUCAAAUAGAGUAGCACUUCUUCUAUCACUUGGCAUUGCUGGAAUAAAUGCAUUUGGUUCAAUUUUGAGCAUAUACUUCAUUGAUAAGACAGGGAGGAAGAAGCUUCUUUUGUUCAGUUUGUGUGGUGUUGUUUUCUCACUUGUUGUUUUGACUGUUGUGUUUCAUCAAACUACAACUAAUUCUCCUAUGGUUAGUGUCAUUGAAACCUCUCAUUUCAAUAAUACUUGCCCUGAUUAUAGAACAGCUUUGGAUGCUGCUGAAUGGGAUUGCAUGAAAUGUCUUAAGGCUAAUCCUCAGUGUGGAUUUUGUUCUUCUGCAGAUAGUAAGCUUUUACCAGGUGCAUGUUUGAUUUCAAAUGACCCAACAGAAGAGCAAUGCCAGAAAGAGCAAAGACAAUGGUACACAAGGGGAUGUCCUAGUCAAAAUGGAUGGCUUGCACUAAUAGGCUUAGCUCUCUACAUCUUAUUCUUCUCACCAGGAAUGGGAACAGUUCCAUGGGUUGUUAACUCUGAAAUCUAUCCAUUAAGAUAUAGAGGAAUUUGUGGAGGAAUGGCAUCAACAUCAAAUUGGGUUUCAAAUCUCAUUGUUGCACAAUCUUUUUUGUCAUUGACAGAUGCUAUUGGGAUUUCAUUCACAUUCAUGAUAUUCAUAUUCAUAACUGUUGCAGCCAUUAUUUUUGUCAUUGUUUUUGUACCGGAAACAAAGGGACUUCCAAUUGAAGAGGUGGAGAAUAUGUUGGAAAGAAGAUCUUUGAAUAUUAAGUUUUGGCAGAGAAGUUCUGACUCUGAUCAAGUACUCACUCAAAAGAAUGUGUCGUGAUAGAUUAGUAUUAUAGAUUUAUUCUACAAGAUUAUUGUAUUUUGUCUUUUAAAAUUUGGGUUUAUAUAUGUACAUUAUAUUGUGUAACAAGUUAUGAUGAUGUUGAAUAAACCAUAUUUUUCUGCUAA